AAUCUUGUGCAGAGUUACUUACGGGCCUGACUGAGUUUCUGUUCCUUUUGCCUCAGUGAGGUUUCGGCUUUUAAGCAAGCCCUACAUCCUGUUAAUUUCUUUUUCUUGUACUUCCUUUUCCUGCUUGAUUCUAGGGACCUGUUCAAGUUGAAAAAUCAUGUAGUUUAGCCAGUGGUAGAUAAAUACGAUAUGUUACUGGAUUGUGUGUGAUAUGUUACUGGAUUGUGUGUGAUAUUAAUUAGCUCUCAGUGACAGCGACCGUCAAAAGAAAAGAAAGACUUAACUUUACUCAAGAUGCCAGCUGGUGAACAGAGCAUCUGCCAAGCACGUGCCUCGGUUAUGGUCUAUGAUGAUUCAAGCAAAAAAUGGAUUCCAGCCAAACCUGGACAACAAGGAUUCAGCAGAGUCAACAUCUAUCACAACACCUCCAAUAACACCUUCAGAGUUGUUGGAAUGAAAUUACAGGACCAGCAAGUUGUCAUAAAUUAUUCCAUCGUCAAGGGACUGAAAUACAAUCAAGCUACACCUACCUUCCACCAAUGGCGUGAUGCUCGCCAGGUAUACGGGUUGAAUUUUGCAAGCAAGGAGGAAGCCACGACCUUUUCAAAUGCAAUGGCAUAUGCUUUGAAUGUGCUGAACUCACAUGAUGGAGGUCCAGCCGUGCAACGUCAAAUCCAGGUCCAGAAUGGACCACCCCCUGAAGAUCAGGAAGCUCAGCGAAGGCAAAUAAUGGAACAACGACAUGAACAGAUGGAGAGAGAUCGACGGGCUUCCAUGUCUGCUCCCCCUGUUCCUCCUGGAGGACCCCAGAUGCAACCAACAUGCCCCCCACCACUUCUAGCUGGUGGUCCCCCACCACCUCCACCACCACCAGGGCCUCCACCAGCUUCUGGAGGUGGACCACCUCCUCCUCCUCCACUGCCAGCUUGUGGAAGCCCUGGAGCUAGAGGUGAUGAGGGACAAUCAGCUUCAGGACUAGCAGCAGCAAUCGCUGGAGCCAAACUGAGGAAAACUAGCCGGCCUGAGGACAGUUCAGGAAGUUCUAGUCCUGGGGGAGUUUCAAAAAGUGACACCAAUCGCAAUAGCUGUGGGGCAGCACCUUCCGGGGGAGGAGGAGGAGGAUUGAUGGAUGAAAUGAAUAAACUGCUAGCAAGACGGAGGAAAGCUGCCCAACAAACAGAUAAACCAAGUGACAAAAAAGAGGAGGAAAGCCAGAAUGAGGAUGCAAGCCUUUCACCUUCACCCAGUUCACGAGGACCUGGUUUGCAGAAUUCAACAGAUGCUGGUAAAAAGCCAUGGGAAAGGGCCAACUCUGUCGAAAAGUCAGGAACUAUUUCAAGAAGUGCAUUAAUGACGAAGAGUCCUGAAGCUAAGAAUAUUGUGCAGUCUCAUCUUUCAUCCUCUAGACUGAAACCAGGGAGCGGCACCUGUAAUGAUGUGGCCACAGAUGCCUUAGAUUUUGAUCGAUUGAAGCAGGAAAUACUGGAGGAGGUUGUAAAGGAAUUGCACAAGGUGAAAGAAGAGAUUAUAGAUGCCAUUAGACAAGAAUUGAGCAGAAUCAGUACAACGUAAUGAAUUUUGCACUUGAGAAUGUGGGAAGUCCUCAAAGAUGAGAGACAGCUGUAUGGAGGAUAGUGUGGAAGAUGACUAGGAGAGAAGCUAUGCACUGAAUGUCACAGUCGCUUUUAAAUCCUUCAUUGAAUAGUGGACUCAACGUGCUCUGCUGCUUGCUGCCUUGGAUCUGCUUCACAUGAAAAGUCUUAAGAAUUUUCCAAAACAACAAAAAAAACUUUCAAUGAUUUUUAAUACAACUUGUGAAUCUUAUUUUCUAGGUUUUACAAAAAAUUGCACAUCUGUUUUAUGUUAGCCUUUGUAUUUUUUUAUUAGGUUAUUUAAAGGUUUACAUUACUUCUAGAUUGUGUUUUUAGAUAAGAGCUUGUACACACACACACACACACACACACACACACACACACACACACACAAACAUUUUGCUUUUUGUAGGUAAAUACUUCAGUUAUUUCUACCAGUAGACAUUACCACAGUAUUAUUAACUCUGUAUUGAAAAGUCUUUGCCAACAAAGAGAUCCUUGUAACAUCACUGAAAAGGCAGAAACUUGUACUAGUUGUGAUAUGACAAAGGUAACUGAUUUCUCAACCAAUCUUGCAAACCUUAUUAAAACAAGGUAUGUCAA